CAUUCUCCCCUUUCCAUUCCCCCCCCUGCAAAAAUGAAGAGAAGGGUCGUCUCUCCCAUGGCUCCUCUUCUCUUCAUUGCAGCUUUAAUGGCUGCUUCAUGUUCUUCCUCCGAAGCAGCUUCAAAAGUCUCCUUCGAAGAGAAUUUCAGUAUGAUGUGCAAAGACAGCCAUUUCAAAACCUCCGAAGAUGGGCAGAUCUGGUACCUCUCCUUGGACAAAGAAACAGGUUGCGGAUUUCAAACCAAACAGAGAUACCGAUUUGGUUGGUUUAGCAUGAAACUAAAAUUGGUCGGAGGCGACUCUGCCGGCGUGGUGACAGCCUACUAUAUGUGCUCGGAGAAUGGGGCAGGGCCAGAGAGAGACGAGCUGGAUUUUGAGUUCUUGGGGAACAGGACAGGACAGCCCUAUUUGAUCCAAACAAAUAUUUACAAGAAUGGAACUGGAAAUCGCGAAAUGAGGCACAUGCUUUGGUUCGACCCCACAGAGGAAUAUCACACUUAUUCCAUCCUCUGGAACAACCACCAGAUCCUGUUUUUCGUGGAUCAAGUUCCAAUCAGGGUGUACAAGAACAACGGUGAAGCAAACAAUUUCUUCCCUAAUGAAAAGCCCAUGUAUUUAUUUUCCAGCAUAUGGAAUGCAGAUGACUGGGCCACGAGAGGUGGGCUGGAGAAAACGGACUGGCAAAAGGCCCCAUUUGUGUCGUCUUACAAGGACUUCAACAUCGACGCCUGCCAGUGGGAGGAUCCAUACCCUGCGUGCGUUUCCACCACAACAAAAAAUUGGUGGGACCAAUAUAACGCGUGGCAUUUAUCGAGCACUCAGAAGAACGAUUAUGCUUGGGUGCAGAGAAACCUUGUUGUCUAUGAUUAUUGCAAGGAUUAUCAACGCUUCCAAACAAUGCCUGAGGAGUGUUCGUUGAGUCCAUGGGACUGACAAUUUUAUUUUUUUCUCAGUUUUGAUACUUAAUAUAUUUUGAAUCCAGUGAUUCAGUGGGAUCAAAGAAAAUGUUUGUUAUUUUUUCUUCAUUUGUAAUAUUUGAUUAUUGUAUUGAAUGUUUAUUUAAUUAAUUUAUCACGUAUUU